UGACGCAACCUUGCAGUGCAGUAUUUACAACCCCUUGGUUUGGCCUAGAUAUUUUUCUUCGCUCCAAGAUCGACUUCUAGUACGUACGUCAUGAAGUUCGGCCAUGUGUAUGCAACUUUUGCCGUUGUCGACCAGAUUGCAAUAGUUGCAGUUGCACAUGCACUUGCAGCAAGUCAGGGUCAUGAUUAUAUAAGCGAGUGCUAGAACCCCCUUGUUUGCAAACCAACGACCUACGCUUUGUUGAAGCCAUGUGUCAGACCAAGUUUAGGAUUUGGACCAGCUACAUCUCAGGAGGAAUAGUGCACAAUGACUUGGGUUCUGGUGAUUUGCUUGGCCUUCCAUAUGGCCGUCUCCCACCCAUUCUCAUUCAUCAUCCGGGAUGGACAGUUGAGCCGAAGUAACCCGUCAAUCCUUCUCACGCAUGGGUCUCCCAGGUCGUUUCCCCCUACCUCCUCCUUGGGCAGCCUUUUCAGCCUUCCCCUAUUUUCACAACUCCGUAAUCCCUCACUAAGGAGAAGUUUUGAAUUUGAUCCAACAGGUCCUUCCGUGUAUCCUUCCUUGGUCCAGGAGCCCAACCUAAACCAGGCCUUGAGGGGCAAUUCUCGACAAAUCGCCUUCACCACUCCAAUCCCAAUCAAAACAGAGAAAAUGGUUCUGCCCGAAUCCGAAGGUUCCACUUCCAAAUCUGUCCCUUUAUCCACCACUUUGUACAGAGAAGAUACGAAUGUUCACAAUUACCUGAAGAAGAAGAAGAAGCCUGAAGUGCUUUGAUUGCAUUGUUCUUCGAGAUUAUAAAUAAAGUCCCAGUAAACUGUAACAA